CACUAAUGGAUGAUACGAUUGUUUUCUCGGAAAUAUUGGUGUUGUAACAUUACUAACCUGUACAGUAAUACAAGCCCACAAAUUGGAACUUACAACGUCAACAUAGGAGUAUGCGGGAACGUCGACUAUCGGUGGCAGACACAGGAUGGUCCUGGGCUGUCAUGGCUGGCUCCUUCGGUGCCCAUAUGGUCUCCGGUUGCUUCUUAUAUGCCGUCGGAGUCAUGCAUAACGCCAUUUUGGAACGAUUCCAGGAGGACGUCGGUAAAACGGCGUGGGCUGCGGGUUUAUACCUGGGGAUGGUUUCACUGACAGGUAUUGUUGCCGGUGCCUUGAUCAACCGGUACAGCUGUCGUGUGACCAUGUUCAUUGGCGCCAUCAUCAUGUCCAGCGGGUUUGGUAUCAGCGCGUUCGUCCCCUCGCUAGACUGGGUCAUCUUCUUCUUUGGAGGAAUCGGGGGCCUUGGGGGAGGAUUGACGUAUUCGGCCUCUGUGGUGGUCCUCGGGUUUAACUUUCAGUACAAGAGAAAUAUCGCCAGCGGAAUAGCGGUGUCGGGAUGUGGGGUUGGUACCUUUGUCCUCGCUCCGGCUGUAGAGGCUGCAAGAGAGACAUAUGGCAACAGAGGUGUCUUCUUAAUUAUAUCAGGAAUCGCUUUACAUCAGGCGCUGUUCGGAUGUCUAUUCUUUCCCUCCAAAUUAGAAUCGGAACGAAAACAAAUUCGAAAUCAAAAGUCAAUAGAUAAAAAAUCUGAAAAUAGAUUUGUUCUUUUAAGUACAAUCUGCCAUUCUUUCGCCAUUUUAAGAAAGUUGUCAUUACUUUGUUUUUGCAUGAGUAUGUUUUUUGCGUGUGUAGGAAUAUACCUUGUAUAUGUACAUUUUCCCAGGUAUGCUAUAGAGAUGGGCUCAACCCCUCUAAAUGCGUCAAUCUUAAUGGCUAUAAGUGGUUUAUGUAAUUGUGCAGGCAGAGUUCUAGCAGGAAUGGCGGCUAAUUCUGACAGUAUAGAUGAGAAUUUAAUGUAUUUUGGAUGUUUUGGACUACUAGGCCUGUCGACAUUGCUAUUCCCACUAUAUGGCCUCACGUAUGGAGGUCAGCUAGCGUUUGCCGUAUUUCUAGGAUUAUACUCUGGGUGUUGUUAUUCCAUCAUCAACACACUGAUUAUUCAACUUGUUGGGAUUGAGGAACUGGCCACAGGCUUUGGGAUAUGUAUGUUCCUUUGUGGUAUCGGCUCAAUAGUAGGACCACCACUUGCAGGCGCAAUAGUCGACAAUGGUGGGUCGUAUGAAAAUUCCUUUAUUCUGGCAGGAUUUUGUAUCACGAUUGCUGCGAUUUUAGGACUGAUGAUAGCUUGCUUCAACAAGACAGAACAACCGUUUGCUCAUGACGAUCAGGAAAUCACCAUAGAAACCAAAGACAAUUUAUUAAGACAAUGUGGCAACAUAACAAACGGAGAAUCUUUUAUAGAAUCAUAUUCAGCUAAUACAGAUAACAGGACUUCUGCUGCAUACUUAAAUAGUGAGGAAGACGAGCAGGUGAAUGGGUUAUUACUCUGAGACAAAAACAUGAGCCCAAUCAUUCUUAAGACAUUGUUACAAAAUAUCUUAUGUACAAACGAUAAAUAUAUUAUAUAUAGGUGUGGGAUAACACAACGUUACACGAUGUGUGAUAUGUGCACGAUGUCUGCACGAUUUGUGCACGAUAGGAAAAUAGGAUGAAAUAAGCUAGUACACGU